AUGCCCCCGACGGCCCUCUGGUUCCUGCUGUGCUGGGCGCCGGCUUGGACGCUCAGGAACCUCAACUACACGGUGCCCGAGGAGCAGGGCGCCGGCACGGUGAUCGGCAACAUCGGCCGCGAUGCCCGGCUGCAGCCCGGAGGUAGCGGCGUCGUCGGCGGCGGGGGCUCGCCGUCGGUGGAGCGCGGCCGGGGAGGGGUCGGGGGCGGCAAGUCGAGCUUCCGCGUGCUGGAGAACUCGGCCCCCCACCUGCUGGACGUGGACGCCGAGAGCGGCCUGCUGUACACCAAGCAGCGGCUGGACCGCGAGGCGCUGUGCCGCUAUAGCGCCCGCUGCCUGCUCUCCCUGGAGGUGUUCGCCGACGACCGCGAGAUCUGCAUGAUCAAGGUGGAGGUGCAGGACCUCAACGACAACGCGCCCGCCUUCCCCGCCGAGCAGGUGGACCUGGACAUCGCCGAGAGCGCCGCCCCGGGGACCCGCUUCCCCCUGGCCGGCGCCCACGACCCCGACGCCGGCGAGAACGGCCUGCGCACCUACCUGCUGGCCCGCGACGACUACGGCCUCUUCGCCCUCGACGUCAAGGCCCGCGGCGACGGCUCCAAGUUCCCCGAGCUGGUGGUCCAGAAGCCCCUGGACCGCGAGGAGCAGAGCCACCACGCCCUGGUGCUCACCGCCCUCGACGGCGGGCAGCCGCCCCGCUCCGGCACCGUCCAGCUCAACGUCCGCCUGGUGGACUCCAACGACAACAGCCCCGUCUUCGAGGCCCCUGCCUACGUGGUGGAGCUGCCCGAGAACGCCCCGCUGGGCACGGCGGUCAUCGACCUGAACGCCACCGACGCCGACGAGGGCACCAACGGGCAGGUCCUCUACGCCUUCAGCGGCUACGCCCCCGAGCGGGUGCGCCAGCUCUUCAGCAUCGACCCCCAGACGGGCCUGAUCCGGGUCAAGGGCAACCUGGACUACGAGGAGGGGGCCCUGCUCGAGAUCGAUGUCCAGGCCCGCGACCUGGGGCCCAACCCCGUCCCGGCCCACUGCAAGGUCACCGUCCGGCUGGUGGACCGCAACGACAAUGCCCCCGCCAUCGGUUUUGUCUCCGUCCGCCAGGGGGCGCUCAGCGAGGCCGCCCCGCCGGGCACCGUCAUCGCCCUGGUCCGGGUGACCGACCGGGACUCGGGCAAGAACGGGCAGCUCCAGUGCCGGGUGCAGGGGGAAAGCAGCGGGGGCGACGGGGCGGCCCCCUUCGCCCUGGAGGAGAACUACGACAACCUCUACACCGUGGUGACCGACCGGCCCCUGGACAGGGAGGUCCAGGACGAGUACAACGUCACCAUCGUGGCCAGGGACGGGGGCAGCCCCCCAUUGAACUCCACCAAAUCGUUCACCGUCCGGAUCCUGGAUGAGAACGACAACCCGCCCCGCUUCAACAAGAACCUCUACGUCCUGCAGGUGCCGGAGAACAACAUCCCUGGCGAGUACCUGGGCUCCGUCUUGGCCAAGGACCCGGACCUGGGCCAAAAUGGCACUGUCUCCUACUUCAUCCUCCCCGGCCACGUGGGGGACGUCUCCAUCUUCACCUACGUCUCCAUCAACCCCACCAACGGGGCCCUCUACGCCCUGCGAAGCUUCAACUACGAGCAGACCAAGCACUUCGAGUUCCACGUGCUGGCCAAGGACUCGGGCUCCCCCCACCGGGAGAGCAACGCCACCGUCAGGGUCACUGUCCUGGAUGUCAACGACAAUGCCCCCGUCAUCGUCCUGCCCACCCUGGUCAACGACACGGCCGAGCUCCAGGUCCCCCGCAACGCCGGCGUGGGCUACCCCGUGGGCACCGUCCGGGCCCUGGACAGCGACUUCGGGGAGAGCGGCCACCUCACCUAUGAGAUCGUGGAAGGCAACGAGGAGCACCUCUUCGAGAUGGACCCCGAGAGCGGGGAGAUCCGCACCCUCCACCCUUACUGGGAGGAGCUCAGCCCUGUGGCCGAGCUCGUGGUCAAAGUCAGCGACCAUGGGAAGCCCAGCCUGUCUGCCGUGGCCAAGCUGAUUGUCCGGGCCUUGGCCGGGCCCCUGCCGGAAGCCGGCGAGCCCCAGGUGAAUGGCGAGCAGCACCGGCGGCCCCACUGGGACCUCUCCCUUCCCUUGAUCGUCACCCUGAGCACCGUCUCCAUCAUCCUGCUGGCGGCCAUGAUCACCAUUGCUGUCAAAUGUAAGCGGGAGAACAAGGAGAUCCGCACCUACAACUGCCGCAUCGCAGAGUACAGCCAUCCCCAGCUGGGGGGAGGGGGAGGGGGCAGCGGUGGGGGAGGGGGCGGCGGAGGGGGCAAAGGCAAGAAGAAGAAGAUCAGCAAGAACGACAUCAUGCUGGUGCCCAGCGAAGGGGAGGACAGCCGGGGGCCCCUCAAUGUCAUGAACGUGGUCAGCAGCCCCUCCCUGGCCACCUCGCCCAUGUACUUCGACUACCAGACCCGCCUGCCCCUCAGCUCCCCCCGCUCGGAGGUGAUGUACCUCAAGCCCGCCUCCAACAACCUGACCGUGCCGCAGGGCCCCGUGGGGUGCCACACCAGCUUCACGGGGCAAGGGACUAACAUCACUGAAGCACCCCCCAGCAGGAUGUCCAUAAUUCAGACAGACAAUUUUCCCGCAGAGCCCAAUUACAUGGGCAGCAGGCAGCAGUUUGUUCAAAGUAGCUCCACGUUCAAGGACCCGGAACGUGCCAGCUUGCGAGACAGCGGGCACGGGGACAGCGAUCAGGCCGACAGCGACCAAGAUACUAACAAAGGCUCCUGCUGCGACAUGUCCGUGAGGGAGGCACUCAAGAUGAAAACGACUUCGACUAAAAGCCAGCCACUCGAACAAGAACAGCAAGGGAGAGGCCAAAGAGCCAUUGUUGGGAUCUGUGGACCGGCCCGCUGUAAAGAAGGAAAAUUUUCAGAACAAGAGGAGUGCGUUAACUGCACCGACGAAUGCCGGGUGCUUGGUCAUUCCGACCGGUGUUGGAUGCCCCAGUUCCCUACUGCCAACCAGGCCGAAAAUGCGGAUUAUCGAACAAAUCUCUUUGUCCCUACAGUGGAAGCCAACGUGGAGACUGAGACUUACGAAACUGUGAACCCCACGGGGAAAAAGACUUUUUGUACAUUUGGGAAAGACAAGCGAGAGCACACAAUUCUCAUUGCCAAUGUGAAACCUUAUCUCAAAGCCAAACGUGCCCUGAGUCCUCUCCUCCAGGAGGUGCCCUCAGCAUCAAGCAGCCCAACCAAGACCUGUAUGGAGCCUUGCGCCUCGACAAAGGGGCCGCUGGAUGGUUGCGAAGUCAAAACGGGAGGCCUGGCUGAUCCGAACAGCCAGUACUUGACCGCCACUGACAGUCAGUACCUGUCGCCUAGUAAACAGCCCAGAGACGCGACCUUCCUCGCGUCCGAUCAGAUGGCGAGGGUUUUUGCUGAGGUGCAUUCGCGAGUCAGCCGAGACUCCGCCGAAAUGGACUCUGUCUUGGAGCAGAUAGACCGUUCCAAUAGGGAACUAGGGAGAGAGUCGGUGGACGCAGAGGAAGUAGUGCGGGAGAUCGACAAGCUUUUACAGGACUGUCGGGGAAAUGAUGCUGUAUCUGUGAGAAAGUGAACAAAAACAAAAAAAGACAGCCUGGCAUUUAUUUGCUUCUUCUGCUGAUUUAAAAACAAAACAAAACAAAAUCUCCCCCUGGUUCUAGAAUUUAUACAGGGAUGAACGAAGACCAAUGCUGCUUUACGGCUUUUAGUGAACAUCUGAAGUGCCCACAAAGUAUGUUCUUUUUCACUGCUCUUUCUUUUUCACAGAUAACACUGGUUUCGUUUUGACCAAACUUUCAUUAGGACAGUGCGAUGUAUGUAAAGAAAACAGAAGGAAGAAGGGAAAGAAAGAAAGAAAGUGAGGAAGGAAAAAAAAUGGCGCCACUUUGACAAUCUAAUAGAAAGGUAUAAGGAUUUUUAAAAGAUAAAUGGAAUCUAAUGUUUAAGACUUGAUAGUUGAUGUCGAUGUGAUUGUUUACCUGUAGACCCCAUAAAAGUCAGGGUGGGAUAGGGUUUCCAGCAGUCCGUUACAGGCUUCUACUGAAAAUCCUGAAACCAGAAACCGAGUAAACCACGAAACAAGCGUUCUUGUCAUAGACCGAGCUACACCGAGCAUUAACAUGCAUUUGUGACAACCAUUUCUGUAUAAAAGUUACCUGC